ACCUAACAAACUCAAGUUUGAUGCUGGACAACUUGUCAAAUUUACGAAAAAAAACAGGAAAAUUUACAAACAUUCUACAACAAUGACCUCACGAAGAAAAGGCAAAAAAGGCAACAAAUCCAAAUCGACCGGUGACCAGUUUAAUAGGGCCACAAAGUACAACCCUUACGCCUACUUCAGUGCUGACGACCUCUCGAAAUUGAAGGUGGCACUAAAAAUUAAGGAAGUGGCAAGCAUUCCUAUAGCCAUCGGCUGUGUCAUCCUAAACAGAUUUGACAUACUGCAAAAAGCAGUGAGUAAUGGCUUGAAUAUUAACCAACUUGGGCCAAACAGCACUACAGCCUUAAUAUGGGCCGUACGCUAUAAAUACCUGAACAUAAUAGAGUACCUGUUGGACCAUGGGGCCGACCCGAAUAUCAAAAUCGAAAAUAACGAAAACCUCAUUAUAAUUGCCCUGGAGCAUAAACUAUGGGAGGAAAACACUUUUAUAGAGUUUUGGGAUAGGGUGCUUAAAGUGAGCGAGAUAGACGUCAAUGCCACCAAUAAGAACGGACACACUAUAUUACAUAUAGCAGUGAGAAGGCAAUGGGAGAAGUUCAUUGAGAAACUUUUAGAGAAAAAGGUUAACCUGGAUAUAACCAAUAUAAACGGGGUGACACCACUGAUGACCGCAUGUUUCCGCAAUAACCUUAAUAUAGUGAACACUUUGAUUAAUAGUGGAGCGGAUUUCACUAAAGAGGAUAAUCACUACAGAACCGCUUUGUGUUACGCGAUUAUUACCGGAGCGAAAUUGGGUAAACCGCCCUUUCCGAUAGCCGAAAGGAUCAUUUUCGAGUUGCAAAAGGAUUUGUCUUUUAGGGAUUUUAUUAAGAGACGAAUGGAGGUGGUGGACAUUAUACUGAAAAAAGACAAAGUAUCAGACCAAGAAACCGAAAUGCUGAGAACUUUAGCCCAGUACAUCGUGCAACACACCGAAAACGGUUUGAAAAUCAUUUUGGACUUUUGCGUGUUCGAUUUGAUGGCCGACAUCUCCCUUCAGGCCCUAAGAUCCAAGAAUAUCGAAAAACAAAAACUGCUCCUCCAACUCCUCCAAGAGCUGCUCUACUACAACGACCAAGUGGUGGGGUUCAAGAGCGACAUCCAAGCGAAACUGUCGGACCAAUUGUUGAGAUGUAACGUCAUAAAAUCCUGCUUGAAAAUCGUCAAAAACGAGGGUGUACACUUCAAGUUGGCCUUUCAGGCGGUCAUUUUGUUUUGUACGAUGAACGAGAUGGGGCUGGAGUGGGCGAAAAAUCAAUACGCCGAGUUCGGGCAAGUAUUCCGGAACUUACCGGAGGGAUGCACCUGCCAGAAGGACUGUGCCGAUGAAAAAAGACAGAAACUGAUGAAGAAGAAGGUGAAAAAGGUGCGACGCUUCCUGAACGUCAUCCAGGGAACCGGUGGGGAGCCAUCAAAAGAGCCCGUAGAGGACAAAAGCGAGUUCAACGUUAAAAAGUCAAAACGCAGAUCGAAAGUCCUGAAGGCGAAACUAACGAAGAUUAAGAACAUGGAACUGGCAGAACGUCUUAAGAACACUGAUGAUAGCAAAACCAAAAAGGAAGAUGUGCAAAUUGUAAAAGAAACAGAGGAUUCAGAAAGCAACUGUGCUACAAUAAUAAAUGAAGAAAAGAAAGAUGUCAAAGAAGAUGACGUGCAAGAAGCUGUAGAAUCCCCAACAGAAGACGUAAAAGAAGCCCCAGCAGACACUGAGGAUGCCCAAACCAUAUUCGAGCAGCAACUGAGCAAAGAUAUAAAGGAAAACGAACAACUUGUCAAUUCAAUUAUGACUGACGAGCUGUUCUGUCCAUUCUACACCGGUCCAGAAUUCAGUGAGUCCAGGAACCCUAUAACGAGCUCCUUGAAGCACUUUCUGAAAACUCAAGAGGAGCAAAACCAGGUGAAAGAGGAGGUCCCGUAUGUGCCAACGUUUCCUGAGUGGAAAUCGAAGAUCUUUAAGUUGCCCUUUAACGACUGGUCAGUGUUCGGUGAUAAAAUGAAAACUGACAAAAGGAAGCUGAAGGCGGCCAUUCAGUACAUGAAAAAAAUUUCUUUGAACUUUGAUAAUACUGCUAACGCGGUGACCCUGGAGGCGGCACUGAAAGAAGUGGUGGAAUACUUGAAGGAACUUUUGGAGAUCAUUGUAACCAGGACUAAAAAUAAUUGGGAACUGAUUGGGAAGUCUGGAAAACAUGGUAAAAAAGCGGCAUUAUCAGAAAAACAAGCAAUCACAGACCUGCAGGCGAACUUCAGCCAUCUGUUGAGCUCCAUUUGUUCGCUGGCUCACUCCAACUUGCCCGAGGCCAUCAAGAACAUUUACCAACUGGAGUCCACCCUUUUAAAGUUUCCAGUUAAUGGGAAAACGCUUAUGUCGGACGCAUGCGCCGUGGAAAAUGUUAAAGUGCAAUACACGACUUACUCCAAUGUGUCUGAGGAGUCGUUUCUCAGUUAUGUCGAGAAUGUUUUGAACGGUUUUGGGGAGAAUAGGGAGGAUAUUAAGAUUUCCGUCAUGGAUGGGUUGCCCACUGUUAUGGAGAGUGAACCACCGGGGUUGUACCUGUAUGAGAUGAGCUUGCUGAGCCCUGCAAAGCCUCCAAACAAGCGUAAAGCCUUAGAAGUCAAAUUAAAGACCAUGCAAGGAGCGUACCACCUGAUUCCCUCCAUAGAAAAACUCCUGGACGAAGACGUUAAGGCACCGAUCAGGAAAUCCGAAGGCACCAAACGUAAUGAACCCGAGCGAAAGUACUCGGAAAUGGUGCUGAAGAUAUUGAGCAAACCGAGUGGCAAGGAAGUUCUUCCAGACAGUCAGAAGAGCAGAUGGUCUGAUAAGAUCGAACAUUUGCUCGAUAUGAAGCAGAGACAGAUGCUUCAAGGCGGUGAGGUGCUAGUGAGUCGAUAUCCGGAGAGAAGUCACGUGAUAUCACAGGGUGGCAACUUUAAUUUGGUCACUUUAGGACUGAGUGCCAGCGAGCGGCCUUUGGCUGUCAAAAAGAUCCCCAGCAAGCAUAGUGUCUGUAAGACUCUGAAGUCUCUCAUUAAUCCCUUAUUAGUGAGUGAGAGGUCUAAUGAUGUUAAUGCAGGUGUAAGAAACAAACAUAUUCUGAACUAUUUUGCUUGCGAUUAUGAGGAGAAUAAACUGAUAGUGGCCACGCCACUGUGCGAGUACAACAUUGGGCAAUAUGUGCUGCUGCUAAAGGAAAAUGCCGAAAAGGUGGUUUUCGAACAUUUAACUCAGAUGGAGAUUAUCAAGCAGUUUUUGAACGGCUUGGCGUUUUUGCAUCAGCAACCUGUUCCUAUUAUACACGGUAACCUGAAGCCUUCCAAUAUUUUUAUUGAUAUUCAUGGGGUGGUCAGGUUGGCAGAGUUUGGAAUAAAUAAGGCACUUUUUAAGCUAAUAGAGGCGCCUAAGUCGUCACUUAUAUGGUUUUCUCAGGAGACUUAUCGGGUUUAUAGGCUGACGUCCGCUAUGGAGUGCUCUAUUUGUUCUGAUAUACAAGUUGCAGGGAUGUUAAUCUACUUCAUCAUAUCCGGAGGCAUCCAUCCCUUCGGCGUGGACGUGGGCACCAUCCUAAAAAACCUGGAAACGUCCAACGCGAUCCAACUGAAAGUGAACCUGGACGUAACGGACGAAACGUUCAUAGACUUGGCGACCUGGAUGUUGAUGUACGAACCAGCAGAUCGGCCUCACAUUAAAAACGUUCUGGGGCACGUUCUCUUUUGGUCCAACGACCGUAAGUGGCGUUUCAUCCUGAACUGCUCGGGUGUUUCGACCAACGGGGUUCCCUUGGGAAUCGCCACGGAAACCCUGUACGGCGCCAUCUCGGAAACGUCCAGGAAGGAACACAUCCAGGGCCAGUGGGUCGAUUUCGCCCGAAGGAAAUUCCCGAAGAUGUCGUUCCAGGGGGAGGAUACCGUCGUCGGGUUCUUGAAGUUUAUCAAGGAGUUUUAUGAGUCUCAGGUUAGGGCAGACGAGGAGAGCAUACUGGACCUGAAAUCGUGCGUUUUAACCUACUUUCCGGCCUUUCCCUUAACUUUAUACAGGAUCCUGGAGGGAACGGGAAUCAUUAAGGAAUACCCUUUUAUGACUUAUACAAUGACCGAAACCGUUGUCACUUGAUAGUUUUUUUUUUGGCGAUAAUAGAUACGAUUAUUAAGAGGAUA